CUCGUAGACCAGUACGUACCAUCACUUAUGGCCACAUGAAUCCCCUCACUCUGACUCUAAAUCGGAAAUAAAAUACUUUUUCCUCCAUUUUUAAUUGUUGAGUGUUCUUCCAUGAGAAAUUUUUGAGAAUGUGUUAUCGGAUCAGAGACUGGUGGUACGACAUCGAGUGCCCGAUGAUGGAGAAACCGUCUUCUUCUGUCAACAGCAUUGUUGAUCUUGAGGAUAGGGAUCCCAAUGGGCUGAAUGAGCAUCUCCAGGUCAUGUGGGAGGACGUCAUCGGGGAGCCCGAUGGCAUCAGGAGCCCAGAAUGCGCGUGGAGACUCAGUGGACAUUGCUUUCGCCUGUCGAGAGGCUGUUGCUACAUCUUCUUGUCGAUUUUGAUAGCCCCUAUUGUUGCCCUCUUCUUGGGUUUCACUUUCGCCUGUCUUUCAUUUCAACACAUUUGGUGUAUAGCUCCAUGCCUCCGUGUGUGGAAAAUAUCGUGUGCAGCAACGAGGGCAUUCUUUACUGGUUUCACCCACGCUCUCGUUCGCCCAUGUACAGAAUCCAUUGGCUACCUUUUCCAUAACGUUCGGAUCCACAACCAAAAACUGCCCGAUGGUCCACAGCUCAAAGAUGAUGCCCUGAUCGUAUAACUAAAGAAAUUAACCUCUGCCAUGCACAUUGGCUCACAUCGACAUGAUCCUAAAUUUUCUCCGAUAAACCGUUGCUACACGGAGGCAAAAGUUGGAGAAAAAUUACCAAACGAGUCA